UGCCGGCAGACUUUAUGAGAAACAUUUGAGUCCAGGUCUGCUCGUCUCUGCUAUUCCCGUGUGCUGUUGUCCUGCAGACGGAACAUGCUGGAGUGCGGCAUGUUGGACCGGGACCGACAGGCCCUGCGGAGGCGUUCGGCGGUUCUCUGCAAACAGCUGGUGGUGGACGAGCUGCUCAUUCAGUCGCUGCUGGCCGACGACAUCCUGACGGAGAGCAUGGCGGAGGAGAUCCUGGCGGAUCAGACGUCUCAGAAACGCAGCUGGCGUCUGCUGCUGCUUUUGCCGAAGCGAGGACCUCGAGCCUUCAGCAGCUUCUGCUCGGCCCUCAGAGAAACCCAACAGCAGCAUCUGUGCGACCUUCUGACCCAGUCGCCCGAGAGAGAGACGCAGGUCGAUAAUAUUGAGCCUGAGGAGGAACCAGAGGGAAAGUCAGGGCGGCUGGUCAUGGAGAGACCAGAGAAGAAGAGGGAGAGGUCCGUGGACUCCUCUCUUCCACUUCCAACUCAGGAGGAAGUUUCGCCGAAGCGACUGAGGACUCAAGACUCCAUGGAGUUCAGCCUGGAUGCCGACAGUCCCAUCACCACUCCCGUCCUCCCCUGCGCUCCUGACUUUUACCUCUCACACUGCCAGCAGUCCUACAGAAUGACUUCGUCUCCUCGCGGCUUCGCUCUGGUCAUCAGCAACGUGACCUUCGACUCUCACGCCGCUCCUGAGCUGGACCCCAGGAAAGGAGGCGAGGUGGACGACGAGGUGCUCAGGAAGGUGUUCACAGAGCUGGACUACCUGGUCGCUGUUCACAGAGACCUCACAGCUCAGGGCAUGAGGACGUGCAUCGAGAGUUUCUGCAGACGUCCGGAGCACCGGACGGUGGACAGCUGCGUGGUGUGUUUGCUCUCUCAUGGAGUGGACGGAGCUGUUUACGGGACGGACGGACAGCUGCUGCAGCUGGACUGGGUGUUUGAGGCCUUCGACAACGCUCACUGUCCGCUGCUGCAAAACAAACCAAAGAUGUUUUUCAUCCAGGCCUGCAGAGGAG